AUGGCGAGGGUGUUGGGGGUGAACGCAGGGGGCGGGGUGAUCGCCGCCAGGCUCCGGGUGUGGCCUCCUAGAGGCUGCCAAAGUCUCUGGCUUCCAGGUUCCCCCAGUUUGUCCACGCCCUACUCGGGGCCCAAAGCGCUCUCUCCGCCCCCCGAAAGUGAGAGACUGAAGAGAGUGUGUCCCCGACGCCAGGCGGCGGCGGCGGUCUGGGAGAAAGAAAUCCGGCGGCGGGGAGAGAACACUGGCGGGGCGGGGGUCCAGGGCCAGGAGAGGGAGGGGACUGCGAGGAGAGACACGAAAGUGCCCGGCGGAGAGCUGAGUAAGAAGUACGGACCAGUGUUCACCGUGCACCUGGGACCCUGGCGGCGCGUGGUGGUCCUGGUUGGGCACAAGGCUGUGCAGGAGGCCCUGGGAGGUCAGGCUGAGGAGUUCAGUGGGCGGGGGAUGUUGGCAACACUGGACCCGACCUUUGGUGGCCAUGGGGUUUUCUUCUCCAAUGGGGAGCGGUGGAGGCAGCUGAGGAGGUUUACCAUGCUCGCUCUGCGGGACCUGGGCAUGGGGAAGCGAGAAGGCGAGGAGCUGAUCCAGGCUGAGGCCCGGUGUCUGGUGGAGGCCUUCCAGGGAACAGCAGGACAGCCAUUUGACCCCUCCCUGCUGCUGGCCCAGGCCACCUCCAAUGUUGCCUGCUCCCUCACCGUGGGCCUCCGUUUUCCCUACGAGGAUGAGGAGUUCCAGGCUGUGGUCCAGGCUGCUGGUGGCAUCCUGCUGGGGAUCAGCUCGCCUUGGGGCCAGACCUAUGAGAUGUUCUCCUGGCUCCUGCAGCGCCUUCCAGGCUCCCAAACCCAGCUCCUCAGCCAUGUGAGCACCCUGGCCACCUUCGCCAUUGAGCAGGUGCAGCGGCACCAGGGGAGGCUGGACCCCUCAGGCCCUGCACGCGAUGUUGUGGAUGCCUUCCUGCUGAAGAUGGCAAAGGAGGAACGUGAUUCAAACACAGAAUUCACUGACAAGAACUUGUUGAUGACUGUCAUUUAUCUGCUGUUUGCGGGGACGGUAACCAUCAGCACCACGGUCCGCUACACCCUCCUGCUCCUGCUGAAAUACCCUCAGGUCCAAGAACGCGUGCACGAGGAACUGACAAGGGAGCUGGGUGCUGGCCGGGCGCCAGGCCUGGGGGACCGAGCUCGCCUCCCAUACACGGACGCGGUUCUGCACGAGGCGCAGCGGCUGCUGGCACUGGUGCCCAUGGGGAUACCCCGAGCCCUCACGAGGACCACCUGCUUCCGAGGAUACACCCUGCCCCAGGGCACUGAGGUCUUCCCCCUCCUGGGCUCUGUCCUGCAUGACCCCGAAGUCUUCAAGCAGCCAGAGGAGUUCAACCCAGGCCGAUUUCUGGAUGCAGACGGAAGGUUCAAGAAGCAGGAGGCAUUCCUGCCCUUCUCCUUAGGUAAGCGUGUCUGCCUCGGGGAGGGCCUGGCACGAGCGGAGCUGUUCCUUCUCGUCACCGCCAUCCUGCAGGCCUUCUCCCUGGAGAGCCCGUGCCCAGUGGGUGCUGUGAGUCUCCAGCCAGCUGUCAGUGGCCUUUUCAACAUCCCCCCAACCUUCCAGCUGCAAGUCCGUCCCCGCUGACCUCCAUCCCACCCCAUCGUGUGGAACAAAUGAAGGAGAGGGUAUUGGGAGGUAGCAGCCUCGACCUUGGGCCUGGACAUGGCUGUGUCCAGAGCCAUGUCUACACCACAGGAAACCACGUUCACACACCUGUAGUUGUUUGUGAGAGUCAGUCACACAGAUACUCGUCCGCAGGGCCACACUCACUGAACCACACACCCAUACACAGCCACAAGGCAACUCAGCCACGCAAGCUUUCUAUAGACAUAAAUUUAGUCUUUCUGGAAUCAUAACCACAUGCCCAGAUAACCCACCAACUUGCAUACAAGGUAAGUCCCCUGGACUCACAACCCAUAUGUGGGAGUUCCACCGUAUUCUCGGCCCACAUGCCCUCUUCACUGAUCACACUUAACAGCACCACUGUCUCCAGGAGCCUGGAGCAAGGAACAGGUACCCUCCUGGGCCAUGUUGCAGAGAGACUACCCUCAGCCCUCGAGGGACCACACCAUUACCCAGGCACGUGACUCACCAGCCACACUCUCCCAACCACUGAACCACACAGCCAGCUCACGCCUGGCCUCGUCCUGACUCCCAGAUACCUUCCUACUGAGACAGUCACACCCUGGCCUUCCCACCUUCAGCCUUCAAGGACCCUUUCCAAGCACCCUGAUCCCUAAAUUCUCCCAACUACAGAUAUACCCUCAUUGUGCAGUUAUGCACACAGAACUGGGAACCAAGUAAACUAGGACACAUGGGA